GUGUGUACAUAACCUAAUAUUAUUGGGUGAUUUAUUCGUAUAACUUGGUUGUUAUUAAAAGUGUUAGUAUCUCGAAAAAGCCUCUAAGUGUCUAUAAUUGAAAUCCUGCUACAGUGAGGUGUAAUUAUUUGUGCUUUUUGGUAUUAUUAGUGCCUCUCAACAAAAAGAAACAGAAAAUGUCACACAUAAAUACAGAUCUGACUGAAGAAGAUGCUGCAGAUUUACAGUUUCCAAAAGAUAAACAGUUGUCUAAUAAACCAGAAAGUACAUUUCCAUCUACGUUGUGCGGAGCUUGUAGCGAAGUCUUAGAGGUACCUUACAUUGUUUGUGUGCCUUGCAAUGUUAGUGUAUGCAAGCUUUGCUUUGUUAAUGGUGCAGAGUUUUCUUCUCAUAAAAAUUACCACAGUUAUCGCGUUUUUAAUCACAACUUUAUAUUAUUUGAAAACUCAAACUGGACUGCUCAAGAAGAACUUACCCUACUGGAUUCACUACUCGAAGUGGGAAAUUGGGAUUUAGUUGCAAAGCAAUUACCAAAUAAAUCCGUCGAAGAGAUUAAGGAGCAUUACAAUAAGUUUUAUUUAGAAAGACAGGGUUCAUGCAUGUUGCCUACACUUCCUCAACAUGAAGCAAUUGACAACAGACCUUUAAUACCAUACAAAUUUCGUCUUAACGAUGUAUCUGAACCUCCUCGUAAUUCGCCUUUCUCAAUUAGCUUUUAUUCUCUGGCUGGUUACAAUGCUGCCAGGUCAGAAUUUGAACUGGAUUAUGAUUCAAAUGCAGAAGAUUUAAUAGUAAAUUUAAAAUUGGAAACAGAUAGUCCCAUAAACACUGUAAUGCAGGAACUUCAGUGUGCUAUUAUACGAAGUUACAAUCGAAGAUUAGGCGAAAGAAUGAAGAGGAGAAGAAUAAUUAGAGACCAUGGACUGAUAUUAGUCAGAAAAACUGUUGCAUCGCUUUUACGUUAUGAAUCUACAAUAACAAGACCAGUCUAUGAAAGAAUAUGCAGAUUUAUGCAGUUUUAUAAAGGAAUACAAUUUGAUUAUUUAAUGGAAGGGCUGCACAGAGCAGGAGAAUUAAAAGCACAAAUCUCAAAAUUAUGCGAAUUCCGUCGAAAAGGAAUUAUUUCCCUUAAUGGAGCUCAUUUGUAUAUGAAUUUAAAACAAGACAGGGAUGAAGCAAUCAAAGAUGUUAAGGAGUUUCAAAACAAUGUUCAGUUAAAGUGGAAAUUACUAAACACUGCUACAUCUCAAGCCAUUACAAUCCCAUGUAAAAGAAGGGGAUCAUACACUCCUUUGGACAUUGUGGGGCUCCCCGGAUAUGAAAAACUGCUCCCCAAAGAACAAGAAUUGUGUAGUAAAAUACGUUUGGUGCCCCUGACAUAUCUGGAAUUAAAAAAUAUUUUAAUUGCCGAAAAUAACAAAUUUGGUUUUUUGAAACUUCAAUGCGCCAGAAGACUUUUAAAAAUUGAUGUGAAUAAGACUAGAAAAUUAUACGACUUCUUAAUUGAAGAGGGUUAUAUAAACAAACCAGUUCAUUAACAUGUUUAUGUUAAUUAUUUAGUAACUGUAAUGUACCUUUGUAUAUAAUAUAGAGAAUCUGUGAUAAACAUGUAAAUAUAAAAGAAUCAAAUAGAUCAUAUUUCACAUAUUCUUUUGGAUAAAUCUAUACAAAAAAAUUUUUCAAAUUUUGAAAACUUCAAAAUCCUUAUCUAAUUAAAUUGAGAAAUAGAAAACAUUUUUUUUCUCUAGACUGGCUACAGCAAUUCUAUUAAAAACCUAUGCUUUUUUUAAUAAUACAUAUAUACAAUAAGGCAAUUAACUUAAGAAAUUAAAACUUCAGAAUUUUAGUAGUAGUUGUUUAUCCUAAAAAUAUAAAUUAGAUGUACCACGGAGACUAAAGCUUUUCCUUUUUAUAAAAUAUAUAUUUAUGUAAGUUAAUGGAAAUGUUCUUUUCUGGUAAAUUAAAUAACUUACGUACUAUUCUGUUGUAAAAAUAUAGUAGGUUGUCAUACUUUGUAAAAUUUAUUUUAUGAAGUAAU